AUGACCCUAUCCGAGUGGUUGGAUCCCUGGCCAUGGCUGUGGGUCGAGGUCCCACGGCGGGUCUCGAUACAGAGCAAACGGGUAGCGGUGCUGUAUUUGAUUGGCGUCCUUGCCACGCUCUCUUAUGUGAUCUUUGACUUCAUCUCGACGGAGGCCUGGCAUGGGAAGCUUCGCAUCUCCUCCGGCUCCGUCACCGUGUGGCGCGAUCCGCCAAAGGUGGAUCAUGCUGCAAGGAACCAUUGCACCAAUCCCGAGCAGUAUGACACAAUCUUCGAUGAGUCGUGGCAGUACAGGCCGCGGUCUUGUCGUCAUCUCGUGGGCAGCAGUGCCUUCCGCAAGCAAGGUGAUUGGCUUCACUUUCCAUCCUACGUGGAAGAAACCUACAUGUGGAAAUACUCAAACUGCACUGAGCAGAACAGGCUCGCUUGCAUGAACAUGGCACGGCCAACAGAUGUUUCAGAACAUGGAGAGAUUUCGUGGGAGGAGGUGAGCAACACCACUUGUAUCUGCAACCUGAAAGACAGCUAUUUCGCGCAGUAUCCAGAGGACGAAGUCUUGGUCUUCACUCACAGCUACUUCGUUCCCACGCUCGAUGGAAGUACCACUUUCGUUCAGACCAUCCUUUUGGCUGUCGACGGCUCCCGUUGCGUUGUCGGUGGGCAAUCUUCCUGGAGUGAGGCGGAGGCAGCGAUCGGCAUUGGGGCACCGCUGAGAGAUUGGAUCCGUUGUGCCGGUAUCGACUUAGACACGGAUCCGCUGCAUCUGACAAGUCAGACCGGCAGUCCCAACUUAGCGCGGCACCUGCGUAUAAUGGGCUUUAUACUGGACUUCAGCUUGAACUACUUGAGUCAUGGUGCACACAGAGAAGCGCACAAAGGCGUGGUCUGCUACAUCACGGUCAAGGCACAUGCUCAUCAGAUCUAUAUGUACGGAGUGACUCCUCGCUUCAGGAUCGAGGGGGACUUUCGUUUCUUUUCUCACACGCCCAUCAUGACCUGGAUCAUCUCGGCAACUGUCCUGUUCGGGUUGCCAGCGGUGCUUAUGCGCUACCUUGUAGAGUUCAUGCUGGGGGUGCCUUCCCAGAUCUAUCGAAGAGAGACUUGCAGACCUUUCGACAUCUACGACCAUCUGCGAAAAACGCAGGCGCGGAUGCUGAGCUCUCAUGCUGCCUACAGCGUCCUAUCGACCAACGCUUCGUUAGAUAAGGCCAGUCUGGAAAAAUAUUUGCAGGACCUUUAUGAUGCGCAGAUACGAGAUGGAACCUUGCAGCCGAAAGAAAUGGAGCGUCUCUGGCGAGCGACCAUGACUGGCUUCGAUAUUGACGAGUCUGGAAAGAUCUCGCUCGCAGAAUUCGUUGCAGCUGCGUCCAUGGUUGACGAUUUGCACCUGGAUGACAUCGUCCAUUUCCUUGACGCAGACCGGAAGGUGCCCUGUCUCGAGCGCCUGAUGGACAGCACCAGGCACCAGCUCCGAACCAAGAACCACAAGCUUCAUCAAAUCUCUCCCUCCCGAGAGCAAGAGUCCGCAGAGGAUUGCCGGGUGCCUGUUCGUUCGAGCUCCGAGAAUCCCAACAGCCUUUCGUGA